CACUUCGAGGUUCUCCGAGUCUCCGUUCCUCGCAUCGUGGGACCGAAGGCUCGGUGGGCCACAGCCAAAGUGGCUCCUUCCAACCACUUUGUUGUAUGCAAUGGCCCAGGGAAGUCCUAGGUAAAGCCCCAGACCCUCCCCGUAUGCCACGAUGGCAUCCUUUCCCCUGCGUGUUCUGGGGCCGGACCCGUUUCUGGAAACCCAGAGGAUUGGAUCAUUGGACUGUUCUUGUCCUGCCCGAUGCUGUUGUUGGUCGUUGACAACAGAGUCGUUUUUGUUCAGUUUUCUCUUACCUUCGUAAUACCCGCUCUUCUGAUUUUUCAGCUGCUCGCCGUCUCCCGUUCCGGCGCUCUCUUUUCUCCCUCGUUUCCCCCUUGGCACGACAAAUGAAAGGCACUGAUCUACUCGCUGCUCCUACUGUAGAGGAUGACCUCCCGCAUCUCUGGCAGAAGCCCGCCUACCCAGUUCUCCUCGAAUGCCUCAAGGAACUUCGCGUCGAGCCUCGAGUCUGGAACCUGAAGGUUUCGCGUGUAGAUAUUCUCAGGGAGCAGCAGGUCGCCACGCCUCAUGACCGCCAAGAAAUUAUCUCCUUUCUCUCCUCCAUCAUCAAGAGCAGGCUGCUGUGGCUCGACAGCGACGACGAGAGGGAGCUCAUCUGGGAGGAGGCGAGCAGGCGCAUGUCGGAACGUUGUGGGCGGACAGCAAUGGGGGAGAUUACCCGGCGAUGGCCUUUUGAGAACCCGGCCUACGGCGAGCCCUUCAGCCUGGCGAUAAGAGAGCCGCCUCUGACCGGGGACUCGCUGGGCCUCAAGACAUGGGGUUCGUCUUAUGCUCUAGCUCGGCUCCUCCACGAAUUUGCCGCCGGUCCGCUUGCGCAUUUGUUCGUUCCUGGAGCGAGUCCUGGACCGGAAGAGGUGCUUGAACUCGGAUCCGGCACCGGCCUCCUGGGGCUAGCGGCCGCUUGCAUCUGGAAAGCGAGCGUGGUCCUCACCGACCUCCCCAGCAUCAUGCCCAAUUUGAUACACAACACCUCCCUUAACCGAGACGUCGUCGAGGGAAGAGGCGGCAGAGUCGAAGCUGCUGCUUUGACCUGGGGAGGUGGUGAAGCGGACUCGAAUCCCAGAUUCAGAACCCUGCAUCGUUACCGGCUCAUCAUCGUUGCUGAUCCCCUCUAUGACGAUGAGCACCCUGCUCUCCUGGCAAGCGCCAUCGACGAGCAGCUUGCUUCCAACUCGGACGCUCGCGUCCUUGUCAUGGUUCCACAGAGGGAUGAGGCAACCAAGAGUCUCCUUGGGGACUUGAGAGAGGAGUUAGCGCGGCGAGUCACUCCGUUGGCCUGCGUUGAGGAGAGCGUUGUGGCUGGCCAAGAUGACUGGGGAGAUGAAAAUGACGAUGAGACGCAAGGAAUAAGCUUCUGGUGGGGAAUUUUUGGCAGAGUUCAGUCAACAGGAAAUUGGAUCCGAGACGAGUGGUAGGAUAGGUCUUGCGUAUGUUCUAGACUCAUAGAGAGUAUGGACUGGUAAGCAUAGAGGUAGAUGUAGAGGUAGAUGUAGAGGUAGACAUAGAGGUAGACAUAGACACCUGGGCGUAGAGCUUGAACCUAGAUAUCCUG